AAAUACUACCAUUUUAGGGGAGGAUGUAAGCCACUAUACCAUCCCAUCUAACGUUUUACAGUCGCACUUAAGUGUCUUUUUAUUGAAAUAAUAAAAUAAACAUGUCGCUAACGAAUUAUUAUUCCAUGAUGGGGAUCCAGACUGAGGAGCCGUACGGUGCACAUUUCAUCCCGGGAGGCUUGCAGGGUUCGACGGCCGGCUGCGCAAAGCCAGGCCGGAGAGCGGAGGCUGAGGAGGGGACCCCCGGCUCACACAUUCCAGAUUUUUCACAUUUUUCCAACAAACAAACGAGCUUAAACGGCUUUUCUCCCUGGGCAAACAACUCUACUUCAUCUUCGCCCUCUUCUCCGCAGCUGCAGUCCACCCCCGGUCUUUUUCACCCACAUCACCUCCUGAGCCACCACCACCCAUACUACGACCCGCAGACGCAGACCCACACCGAACACCUCGCAUCCGCGGCCGCUUCCGAGGGCAGGUUCGUCCGCUGUUGGGAGGGGGCGACUCCCACCUCGGAGACUUCUCUGUCACAUGCGUCGGUCGGUUUUCCCGGGUGUGUCCCCGCUCAGGGUGACCUUUCCAAUCUGAGCCCGAGGUAUGAGGCGAUUAAACCUGAGAGUUCACCGCCGUCACACGACAGCCCCGAAGAUUCCAGCUUCGCCAGCCCGACUGAGGUGGUCCUCGAGCGGCUUGGCACGGCGAAGGAGCUGGGAAGGAAACCGGAGCCCAAAAAAGUGGACGAGGAGAGAAAAACAAAGCAACAGCUUGACCCGGAAAAUCCAGCAGCUAGUUGGAUCUAUGCCAAGUCCACCCGGAAGAAAAGGUGUCCAUACACCAAACACCAGACCCUGGAGCUGGAGAAGGAGUUUCUCUACAACAUGUACCUGACCAGGGACCGGCGCCUGGAGGUAGCAGGACUCUUAAAUCUGACAGAGAGACAGGUCAAAAUCUGGUUCCAGAACAGACGGAUGAAGAUGAAGAAGCUGAUGAUCCGGGAGAGGAGGAGUGUGAAUGAAUGAUGGAUUUGGAGAAGAGGCCGGGGAUGUUUUUUCUUCUUUCUUCCAGGAUAGGUGAGGAGGUGGUGAUGUUAUAACUGAUAAAAGAAACCCAGUGCUCCGAGAUUCCCAACAUGUGAGCAGCUGUUACUAAGCAACGGAUUGUGAAGCUAUAACAUGGCUGCCCUGGAAAACUGCAGUGGUGAUACUCUGCAGGGGAGACCAGGAUGUGUUGUAACACUUCUACAAAAACUAUUCCUUUCAAUGUCUUUUGGCCUUUUUCACGUUAGAUCUUCUGAAAUCUGGUUCUUCCAUCUGCACGUUAGUCAACCUGUAACCUGGGGUACUUGUAAAUAAUGCUCAGAAUAAAAAGUUGAAAUUUACAGAAAAAUCCAUAAAUUGAAUUAAAAAAAAACGCAUACUAGAUGAUAUCAAAGACUUUGCUCAUUUUAAAAACACAUCUGUUUUUGACAAGGCUGCAAUCUCACAUGUCCAAAACUGAAACUACUUGACUUCACAUAAAUUGCCUGUGCUUUCUGGUAAAAAAUCUGAAUUGCAUUUUAUGAUUUACUGUAAUGCUAAAACUAAAGUCAUAAAAACUGCUUUCAGUGUGCUAGACGUGACUGUGCUACAUCUGUUAUGGCCUGAAAUAGUCGCAGAGUUUUUAAAAUUUGAAAUAAACAUACUUGUGGAAAAAAACCCUAAACAAACAAAGACGCCUGACACUUAAUCAUAGUCAUAAUAAUAGAAAAUAAAAGAGAUAAGAGAGUGAGACAGAAUCAGACAGAUUAGGUGGUAAAUGAUGUCAAUUGAUGCAUUUAUUGAUCCCUUUGUUAGCUCUAAUUUAGAAGGUGGAAUCUGUUAAUAUUCUUGAUUUAAAUUUUAAGUGAUUUGCAUGAUCCAGUGUUAUUAAAGACACAAAGCUUUACUGUGGCUGGACUUACCCUCACAAAAAUGUGAAUCUAUCAAAACGGCAACAUUUCAAACACGAUAUUAAAGGUGAAAUUGCUGUUUUCCAUGUGAAAUAUAUGAAAACAUGUUGCUAAAUGUGAAUUUUUGAAAUGUAUUUCACAUGUGAUAAAUUGUGCUCCUUUGCAAAGGAAAGUUAGUUCAAACCAGACUUUUAAACGGAAACAUCCAACAUCAUUUAGUGUGUAAAUUAACAUCUUAAGCAUACAAGUUAUUGAAGAUGGAUUUAUGCACACAAAAACAACAAGGUGAGAUGUUAUAAGACUGACUCCGGAUGCUCUGCCAUAUUGGCUGUAGCUUCAGUACUGCUUUUACAUUACCUAUUGUUCACUAUAGAAGACAAAACCCUGCAAAAAGUUAAGAUUUUCAGUGUUUAGGAGCACUUUAUCUCUCUAGGGCUAAAGAUGUAGACGAAUGUGUAGAGAUCAACUGGCUGAGAUUAGUGUUAUGUCCAUCCACAACCUUAGAUGAUUACACAGCUUGUAAUUGUAACACUAGAACAGAAAAAAAGUAUGUCAAGUUUGCAACAUUUUAACUAUAAAAUAAACCAAGAAGCAAAUUAUGAAAUGAAUACAAUAAAUCAACAGUAAUGCCAAAAUACUUUGCACUGUAUUUCAGGUGUGUCCAGGUGGGUGAUGCUGUCAGAGAAGCAUACACAGGUUUUUAAUCUGGCUGCUGAUUGGAUCAGUUCUCUGUGUUACAACCAACCCCAGUCUCCCUGAAAAUAAUAUCCAAAAGGGACGUUUAUCAUUUUGUUUUUUUAAAAAAAGAAUAAGCUUCCUUGUUAUUAUUAUUACUUUUUUUAUAAACUGUGCAUGUAUAGCCGAAUGGACGUAUUUGUUGUUAUUGUUGCUGUGUUGUAUAAGUCUAUUUGUUGUUAAUGUGGGAUAUAUGGAGAUCAUGAUAUGUUCACACACACACACACACACACACACACACACACACACACAUGCUAUCUAAGCUUUCUGUUACCUCCUAGAAUAAACAGCUACAUGCAGUUCAUGUGAGACGUUCUAUGUACAAACAACGCACAACCUAUUUUUCAUUUUAGAAGGUAGCCUAUACGAUAACAUUAAGUUAAAAUAUUAGAGGAAUAUUAUAGGGAUAUCAGUACUUUAGUGUUUUUUCACGAGGAUGAGAUGGACUCAAAACCAACCCAUUCUCCCUGGGAGAAAAGGGAAACCCAACAGGCUAUGUUAGCCUACUGCUGAGAUUUAACUGGAGGCAUGGUGUGUUGUGAUGACACGAGGCCUUCAUCUGCUCUCAUUUAGCCUCAAUAUGCUGCUCGUAGGGAUUUUUUGAAAAUGAAAUAA